CAGCGAACAGAAGAAUAAUUCCUCCAGUCUGCACUGUCUCGUUCUGUCUGCCAUUCAAACAAGAUGCCUGUUGAAACACGCUCAAUCCGAGACAGAGGCGCAGUGGGUCGCUUUCCAUCUGUCACUCUCGGCUUGGAUGGCAAAGAAGAGGAAGAACAACCCGAGGAAGACAACGUCCAGACAAACAAUGCAUGUCUGCAGUGGCUGCGGAAGGUCUGUCCGUGCUGCUGCCCAAAACCAAAGGACGAUGACAUCACUGACACUGUGGUCACAGGGAUUGAUGAGCUGGACAAGGAGGACGGGGUGGAUGACGAGAAAUCCGUGACAGGUGACAGUGAGCUUGAUGAACUCCUCCUCAAAGUGCGAAAGAUAGACCUGAUGAAAAGCAAAUCGGGAGUGAUCCGCACCGAGCAUCACACAAAUCUCUACCAGAGUGAGAACUUGAUUAUCCGCAGAGGGCAGACCUUCCAGAUGUGGAUUACCCUGUCACGAACCUUUGACUCCAGCACUGACAAACUUCACCUUGAGCUCAAAACAGGGCCACUGCCAACAGUGUCAAAGGGAACCCAUGUCAUCAUCCCUUUGGUGGAAGGGUUAGAGGACGGUCGUUGGGAAGCAGCCAUUGUAGAAAAGGAUGACAAGAGGAUAAAACUGUCAGUAAAUUCUCCAUCCACAGCGGUCAUUGGCCGAUAUCAACUCACAGUGGAAACGACCAACUCACAUGGCCAGGCCGUUUCCACACACGACCCUGCUAAUGACAUUUACAUGUUGUUCAACCCCUGGUGUGAAGAUGACCCAGUGUUCAUGGAUUCUGAACAGGAGCGGCAGGAGUACGUCCUGAACCAAAACGGACUUAUCUACUAUGGCACAGAGAAUCAAAUUGGAAUGAGGACCUGGAACUAUGGGCAGUUUGACGAUGGGAUCCUUGCUGCCUGCCUUUAUGUCCUGGAAAAGAGUGGAACGCCUCCAUCUGGUUGGGGAGACCCAGUUAAUGUAGUGCGAAUUAUAUCAGCCAUGAUUAACUCCCCUGAUGACGGCGGUGUCUUGGAGGGAAACUGGUCUGGAAACUAUAACGGUGGGAACAGUCCCACGAUGUGGAGUGGAAGUGUGGAGAUCCUGAAGCAAUACCAGACCAGCAGCGGAACUCCCGUUAAGUUUGGCCAGUGCUGGGUGUUUGCUGGCGUAUUCACUACAGUGUUACGGUGUUUGGGCAUCCCCAGUCGAACUGUGACCAACUACAGCUCAGCUCACGACACAGACGUCUCCUUGACGACAGACGUGUACUUGGAUGAGAACCUGGACCCUUUAGCUCACCUGAAUGCCGACUCCAUCUGGAACUUCCACGUGUGGAAUGACUGCUGGAUGGCUCGUCCAGACUUGCCUCUGGGCAACGGAGGCUGGCAAGCUGUCGACUCCACGCCUCAGGAGACCAGCCAGGGAACCUUCCGCUGCGGCCCCGCUUCUCUCACUGCUGUGCGCAAUGGUCAGGUCUACCUCAAACAUGACUGUCCGUUUGUGUUUGCUGAGGUCAACAGUGAUAAGAUCUACUGGCAAAGGAACAUCGAUGGGACCUUCACUCAAAUCUACAGUGAGAAAAAGACUGUGGGCCACAAGAUCAGCACCAAGGCCGUUGGUUCUGAUGAACGCAGUGACAUCACACACCUUUACAAGCAUCCAGAGGGCACAGAGGAAGAACGCAUUGCUGUGGAAACUGCGUGUCACUACGGCUCCAAGGCCCUGGCCUAUUCGUCUCCCACAGCAGAGGACGUCUCUGUAGAAGUGACCAUGGACGGUGAAGGCCCUAAAAUGGGAGGAGAUGCAGAGCUGACCAUCACGUUGCGAAACAGUAGCUCAGAGCAGAGGAGGAUCAUCCUGCACGGCCAGGUGGCAGUCAUGUACUACACCGGCGUCCACAAGGCCACGAUCAGGAAGGACGUUGCAGAAAUAGAUGUGCUGCCCAAUGAGGUGAAUGUUUUGGAGUGGUCCCUGGAGUACAAAGACUACAAGGACCAGCUGAUAGACCAGGCCGCCCUGAUGCUGACGCUGUCCGGCAGAGUCAAAGAAACACAGCAGGUCCUGGCCACUCAGUUCACUUUUCGGCUCAGGACUCCAAACCUCAUCAUAAAGCCGGUAGGGAAGGCCGUGGUAGGGGAGAAGAUGGCAGUGACCAUUUCAUUUACAAACCCACUACCACAGGUGCUGAAAGCAGUGAAAUUCCACCUGGAAGGACAGGGCCUCCUUACUGCUCGGAAGGUUGUUUACGGGGAUAUUGGCAGCCAUGCCUCUGUGUCGCUCUGCGAGCACUUCGUCCCCACCCUGCCCGGGCCGAGGAAAUUACUGGCUUCGUUGGACUGCAGGCAGCUCACUCAGGUUCACGGAGUGACAGAGAUCACCGUGGAGUAAAACAGCAAUGCUGCUCUAUAACGAUUUAAAAUCAUUGUGGCAUUUGUGGGAUUUUAUCUCAGAAGAAUCAAAAGCUUUUAUAUUAUGUGAAGACCAGUAUGAGCCUACAUCAACUUCUUUGCCAUGUUAUGUGGACGAUCCUGUGACAAUGUUUUACACAUGUGCAUGUGCAUAAGGGGCACAGGUCCACAGCAUGGCAGCUUAAAAGAAAGAAAAAAAACUGCCUAUUUUGUUCAGGUCAAUUGUUUCAUUUAUAUAUACCAUAUAUUUAUUUUGUUUACAUUGCCAUGUGUGACAGUACAAUUUUUUUUUCUAAAUAGCCAAAUACUUCUGCGAAUGUCUGUGCACUAUUCAAAUGCAAACAAUUACAAAUUGAUUCUAGAGGUUGUUGUUUUUUUAAGUGUCCCUGUGUCGUUGAAUUCAUGGUUUCCAAGGAAUCGACAGCAGUUGCUCUGCCAUCAUAGAGGGUGAACAGUGAAAAAUAAGAGUGAUGACCAGUUAAAUUGGCCAAUUUAUGUGUGGUGGUAAGUAAGACGUACAUUGAAAAGUGUAGUGAGUUCAGUCAGACACCAGGACAAAAAGACGGGCCUGUUGACUCUAAACCUCGGAGCUGAGUGGUUGUAGAUGCAAAAGAGGAAUAACUUAAAGCUAAAGCAGAACAGCAACCACAUAUGAUCACCUUGAUAAAGGUUCCAUGCGUGAAAUUUAGUGGCAUCUAGUGGUGAAGCUGGAGAAUUUAACCAACUGAACACCCCUCUCCUCCCCCUCCCCCUUGUGGUCGUCAGGUAACAUAUACAUUUGAUAGGCCUUUUGAAGCAAAUGUCGCUUUGGCCAUUCUGGGCUUCUGUAGAAACAUGGCAGAGCAACGUGGAAGAGGAUCGGCUCUAGAUGUAGAUAUGAAGGGCUCGUACUCAGGGUGAUAACUCACAAAUGCACCAAAGCCUGAGCAUCCCUGCUAAAGUGGAUCAACAGAAGGGUAUUCAGCUUCCUUGUGGACAACCACUCAACGGACAAGGUGCUGAACGUGUUCUACUUUACCAAGCUUAAUCAGUGUUUGGCAAGGUAUUAUAUUAUAAGUAACAUAGUAGCUUAUUUGACAUGGAUUAUAGUUACUUUUUUUUUUGUAUUGAUGAGGAUAACGAUCCAGUUAAAAUAUUUAGCAGUCGUUGGGAUUUGGCUGCUGACCCUGUGCUUUAUUGUGUUAUUUAUACACCUUGCUGCUACCUGUCCAUUGUACUUUUGUAUGUUGCACUGUUAUUUUGAAUAUCAAACAUUUUGUAUUAUUGUAAUGCUGUUGUGUCAUGUUUCUGCUUUUGGUUCUUUUUGGGAAUAGGCAAAGGCCAAUGUCCACUGAUGUCGACAAUAAAGUUUAUCCAUUUAUGUA